AUGCCGCACUCUCAAACUACACCGCAAACCGGAAAAGGUAAAAAUAGUAAAAAUUCUAAAAACGUUAUACAGGCAGCUCGCCUUAAAAAAUCCACCACAAAUUCAAAUGACAUGGUUUUUGAAUAUGACUCGUCCAACUCCCCCUCAAAUUCAGACUGGACAACAAAUCCCGGUAAAAGGAAUCUGUCAUCUUCCUCAAACCCGAGCUCUCCGAAUCAUGAUCAAAGCAAAAAAAUUCAAAAACUAUUUAUAACUGCAAAUCGGUACGAACCGCUAGCGCAAACUGAAUCCACCAACUCACCACCUGAAAUACCUGAAACACCUAUCAUUGCAGACAAAAUUAUACUACCACCGCCAAUUUUUGAAAAGGUGUAA